GCUCAGAUAACAUAUCUCUGGGCGUUUUAUAAGCUGAGAGACGUAGCUGAGUUAAUUACUUUAAGUCCAAAGUUAACUACAUUUAGAUCAAUUUUUACUUAGGUUAAUUGUCUUUAUUGACAAUGAAUUAUAUUUGAAUAUACCAUGGCUUCAGCGGGAUAUACCAAUGAAAACAAAAAUUUUAUUCGCGCACUUCGUCUGCAAGUUGAUAUCGGUACAAGCGUUCUAAAGGAAUUACUCAAAAAACACGUUAACCAACACGGUAGUAUUGCUAACUUUCUCAAAACUCACUCGAAGAAAUUGAAAAAUUGUUUGCAGAAAUACACUCUUCAAAAACAUCAAUAUGAGUGCCUUUAUCCAGCAGGAGGACAACCCGUCGAUAUAGAGACAUGGGAUAUUUCUUUGUUAUGUGCGGUGUUAAACAUUUGCUGUCAUUUGUCUUCGAUUGAGAAGCAAGCAAUAGAUAAAAUAAGAAAUACACGAAACACCGUGUUCUGUCAUACAUCGAACUUUAAUCUAAAUGAUGCCGCAUUUAGUUCUGUAUGGACUGAUCUAGAAACUGAAUAUGUCAACAUAUUGAAUUGUAUUGGAGAUGCAAAUUUUGCUCAAGAGAUUACAAAUAGUAUGAGGGACGUCAAGGAAAAACGUAUUGAUGGCGAUGAAAUUGCCUCAGAUGACAUCCAAGGCUUAUUAGAACGACUGGCAAGCAUUACAGAAAACAGUGCAUCCGAUGUAGAACGACUGGCAAGCAUUACAGAAAACAGUGCAUCCAAUUUAGAACUGCUGACAAGUAUUACUAAAAGCAGUGCACCCGAGACAAAGCUAAAUGAUCGCAUUCUCAAUCUCCAGUCUUAUCUUCUUAAAGCAUACAUAGAAUAUACAAAUAUGAAAAGCCUUCCGAUUGGUCCUUUUGGGGCAACUGAUGUUGAGAAGAUUUACGUUGAAGAGAAUUUAGAUGACAUGUCUAUUGAAAUAUAUAAUCGCAUUGAAUCAACAGGAAAUUGUCAUAUUAACAUACCAUAUUCAGAUUAUCAGAAACUUUUCAAAUUGUUCCAUGCUGAAGAGGAAACAAGACAUAUUGUUAUUGCUGGCUCGGCAGGAAGAGGAAAAACUACUUUCUGUCUCGAAUUGGUCAGUAUGUGGUGUUCAGCCGUUCAGAAAUCUUUGAAUGCCGACACCAGUUUAACACUGUAUGAACAAGAGCUGUUAGAUCGUUUUAAUCUAUUGUACUUUGUUUCCAUACAGAACGCUGUCGAUGAAGACUCAGUAAUUAAAAUGAUAGCAGCACAACUAUUCAUUGAGAACAAGGGUCUUAUGAAAGAUGUUGAAGAAUGUUUUAAGGAAAUUCCAGAUAAUUGUUUGGUAAUAAUCGACGGACUUGAUGAAUGGCAUGAUGCCUUUUCAAACAAAUUACCAAAAUUUGAUCAAUUGAAUUUUUGCAGAAUAUUGUGGACCACAAGGCAUUCAAAACUGUACCUUCUGUCAAAGCUACAGAACACUAGAAUAUUAGACAUUGCCCCAUUAAGUAAGGAAAGCGUUGAAAAACUGGCACGAAACUUCCUGAGCAUCAUUCAUACAGAUAGUUCUCCAGCAGUCGAUGAACAGGUUCGGUAUUUCUUAAGCGAUUUAAUGAAAUACAAAAUGCAGUUACUGGCAGAAAAUCCGCUGAUUUUAAUGUACCUUGUCUAUCAUUGGUACGAAGAACACGGGUUAGAAGAUUCAGUAACAUUAAACUACAUAGGUGUUUUAAACCUCGUAAUGAAAACUAAAGAAGCGUCAUCAAAUGAAACACAGCAAGUUGUGAGCUCUUUCCCAAACUUGCCAAGUGCUUUAGCAUACAAAAGCAAUAUCAGUCACAAUGCCCCGGUUCUUCGACGACUAUGUCCGUUUGCAUACGAGUGUUGCCUGCAAUCUCUUUAUGUCUUUGAAGAAGGAUCAGUAUGUGAUACUAUUGGAAAGGCAGAUACUCAAAAGUGCUUACAAUCCGGUUUGCUCUCAUCAGUGGUUCAUAUGACGUGCCAGCAACCGAACUCACCCAAACGUCGUAUCAAGUUUUUUCAUAAAACGUUGCAAGAGCUUUUAGCUGCAAUAUGGAUUUGUUGGAAAGAUCCUAAAAGCCAUAGAGAACUUGAACAUUUUCUUAAAGAACAAGGCACUAUACAGAAGAUACAAGAAAUGUCGUUGAUUUUAAUCUUUGUUUGUGGUAUAGAUCCAACAAAAGCAGAGAUAAUUUCGAAACAUGUGGCAACAGUAGCUUUAAGGGACGAGGAACUUAAAAACUAUAGGCAAUCACUUCAAGGUCGUUACUCAUUUAGAAGUUCAGAAGAUGUCUCUAUGUCAUACCGAAAGAUAAAGAGUCUUCAGCAGUUGAUACUUGAAUGUCAAAAGGAGAUGCAGUAUAGGUACAGCAAGAAUUCUACUCGCCACUAUUUAGUAACAAAUUUUGGUACAAUUUUUGGCAUGAUGAGUGACGCAUCAGAGUUCCAGUUGUAUGAUAUUAUUAUUGCAGAUAGGUUGGAUAAAUCUGUUUGUAAGUUGUUGAAUGAAAACACAAAGAGCUUACGAUCGAUUUACAUUGAUCUUCCAAAAGCAGAGAGUACUGAGAAAAUUGAACUUGCAAUUUGCAAAACAACUGAAAUGGAGAAACUCACUUUGGACCAAACCAGUUCGCUCAUAAUUUAUAAAUUGACUCCAUUGCAAAUGCAAAGACUCCGCUCUCUAUCUUUGUGCCUUGACAAAAUAGACAAACUGCCGGAAUCCAUGAGUCAUCUUGUGAAUAUAACAGGCAUGUCUUUGAACAUUUCUGGGAGUCACAGAGUCGUUGAAGAGUUGGGAGAUAUUUUACACUCAUUAGCGAAUCUGAAGGAACUAGAGCUUGAAAGUAUUGUUUGCGAGGAAAACAGGCACGAAAAUCACCACUGCGAGAUUGCAAUUGAUUUGAGUAAUUGUAACAAUCUGAAAAAAUUAAAAUUAGAAGAUGUGCGUUCUUCCCGCGCAACACUACCUACCUCUGUUCAGCUUGAAGAAAUUCGACUUUCUGGAGCAGUUUCAAAUUUAUCUUCGUGUAUCAGUCGUCUAUCUGAAUCUAUGUCGUUGUCUUUAAUUGUUUUGGGCGAUUUUAAACCAUUCAUCUGGAAUGAACCGGACUUCAAAGCUAUAAAAUCGGAGUUACCCAGAUGGUACUAUUUAGAGUAUGUUUAUUUGAUUGGAAUAAACUUUGAAAGAUACGGUAUGGCUCCAACAUUCAGUGCACAAAAGAACCUUAAAUAUUUAUCCCUGGAAGAUAUUCAGCUUUCUAGAUCAGGCUGGAUUAAGCUUCUUCUAAGCCUUGUGGCAGAUACGGAUAGAGAGAUUGAAAGCGUAGCAGAAGUGCAAAUUAUUACUAUUACAACAACAAUGCACAAGGACAUAGUGUCAAGGAUUAAAGGAGAAAAUGCUUCAAUGAAUGUGAAAAGAAUUUUUCUUGAUCUGAAGCUGCAUCAAUGCCGCGACAAACUUUUGAGACUAUCUGAACUCAGGUGUGCGUCCACUGUGUAGCUGGAGUGGAGAAAUACACAUGCCAAGUGAAUUAACCGAUGUUCAUGAAUAUCUUUUUUGUGGCUGCGUCGUGUGAACGUUGUCCUUGCCUUGUUGAUCUUUGUUCUCAUUUUGAUACCUCUAACCAGCCCUGUACAUUUCACCUCUUCACAAUUUUACUUUAAAUGUAAAUAUAAAGUUAAACCUUGUUAAAGAUAAACUUUGUAAAAUAUUUUCAUAUAUUGUCAGCUCCAGUGUUUCGUGACAGGUAGAUAUCUGCAUAACAUAAGUUUUAUCAUUAUAUGAUAUCAAAAGAGAUAAAACACAAUAGAUAAAAACAAUUAUACAAUUACGAAAUAUUUCACCCAAUUAAAGCCGUGACUUUAUCAAUGAUAAACAGAUAUUCAAUUC